ACCGUGUAAAGAAAGGAUUUCCUUCGGCGAUAAUUCCGGUGUCGAUGAGGAACCCAUGGUCCAAAGCGCGUUAUCCGUAGUCCGUUGUACCUUACCGGCGAAGUCACUAGAUCAAAAUCAUGAGAGUUUGUGGUGGGGAGAAGCUUCUGUGAGAUGUUACCGGUAGGAGCUAGCUCUGUCGGCGGUGUGGUGACGUGGAGCAAAGAAGGAGGUUUCGGCGAGGAACGAGAAAGGUCGGCGGUUAGUUCUGAACAAUUGGAGCUCUCCGGUGGUGGGAUGGUGAUGGUCAUGUGUUGCCUUCUGCGCUCGACUCCAGUCUUCCUGGCUCACCGGUGGUCCUGUUCCAACGAGUAUCCGCUACUUCAUGGGAAGGCGGCUUCGAUCGGUUCUCCGAUAGAAGAUUCGGGUUUCUGUGUUCCUCGUUCAGAUCAGUUAUCUGCUGGUUUAGAUUGGUUUUAUUUCCGGAUCGGUUUUGGUUUGGUUUUCUGGCUUGGUUUGAGUAAUUGGAUUGGGUCUUAAGGAGAUUAUUGUAUGGGCCUAUUCCGAAAAUAGUCCAAUAGACAUAUGUUUUUAAUAAAAUUGCAAGCGUUUA